UGCACACCCCGCGCGCCCUGAACUGCAGUGCUACCACGACGACCUCCACGGCAAGAGGUUCAUUGAUGGCUGCGGUUAUGAGGAUUAUCCUUGCUGUAUCCUUCGCCGGGUUCUGCCUGCUGGCUGGUGGUGCUCUGGCAGAAAGACAACCAAGACACAUGUUGGACCGCCCUAAAUUGGUUCACAACGCCCUGGACGCGCCAGUGUAUCCCGUAUGCAGCGUGGGCGGACGACAGGCCGCGUGUCUUCGCAGCGAGGCCUGCACCUCGCAGGGGGGCAGGUUCACAGGCUUCUGUGCUGGCGAUCCUACUCUCGUCUGUUGUGUGGUGGAAAAGACGUGCGACGAUGAGACAUCCGCACAUUCAGUGACUUUCCGCAAUCCUUCGUUUCCGCUGGAGAACUUGAGACCGAGGCUCUGCCCCCUGAUGAUCAAAGUCGGUCGAGAUAUUUGCUCCAUGCGAGUGGACAUGAACGUGUUUGAGCUGGAGCCUGCGACAAAGAGCGGCUGUAUUUUCGACAUGUUCGUGAUCCUGGGCACGGUUGAGGGGCCUACAGCUUCCCUGUGUGGCAACAUGACCGGCUUUGCAACGACAUUCGCAGUGAAGGAGCUGAGCGACGUGACGCUGUCGUUGGUAGCUCAGGCGAUGGAGGGUUAA